AUGGAAUCGUUUAUCGAGCCUCCGUCGGCCUACGUGCCGCCCGAGGCCGUGGCGCUCUUCAAUUCAGUUGGCUACACCUUUGUGGGGCUGGCGCUGAGCCUUGCCAUCUUCCUCUGCGUGCGCAAAUUCCUCUUCUUCCUCACAUGGCGCAGCUUCCGCGACGGCCCGUAUGUUGUAGGCCAGCACCAAUGGAGACCAGGAAACCUCGCUGGUCCACAAUGGUGCAACGUGUGUGAAGCUAUCGUCUACGGUAUCCGUAGCUAUGUGGUCAAGUGCGAUAUCUGCGGAAUGUACGCACAUGCGCAAUGCGCAGCCACCACGAUGCGCUACAAGGGCGUGAACGGAACUCCAUCCACUACCGGAUCUUCCACACCAUCGCCUUCUUGUGCCUGCAGAGCUCCUGGAAUAUUACUUCCGUCUUUAUCGGUCCCUUCAGACGACAAGGUGGUCACUCAACAACAAAGUCACAUGUGGAUUAAGGGCAACAUCGACCCCAUGGACUCGUGUUCACUAUGCGGUCUAUUCUGCGGUAGCAUCUUAGCUCUGUCAGGUCUCAAAUGUUCCUGGUGUCACGUUCGAGUGCAUGAAGAAUGUUUCCAGCAGGCUCUAGCUCGCUCUCACAAGCCGCUGCUACUGCGUCGUUGCGACUUGGGUAGACACGCGAGCCUCAUCAUACCCCCGUCAUGCGUUGUAUUACGCGAACCAGUCUCAAUCGCCAGCAAGUCACAACGUGCGCUCAAUUCGGUGCGUAUCGCAGUGACCAAGAUGUCAAAUAUUCGACUACGACGCCCCAGUGGAACGAUUGAUGCACCCACGCCGCCUACAAGCAACUCAUCUGGAUGGGAGAAUGCGUUCUCUGGCUCGGACGGACUCCCGUAUGAUCUGGUUGAGACGUCCAAGGAGACCACGCCAUUAUUGGUCUUUAUCAACAGUCGAAGUGGUGGCAAGAUGGGUCUGCAUGUGCUACGUCAAGUGCGGAUGUGGCUGAACCCUAUACAGGUGUACGACUUAUCGCAUCAAAGUCCCAUUGAGCCGCUACGUCAGUUUAUCGGACUCCCUCGACUUCGCAUUUUAGUGUGUGGAGGUGACGGAACUAUAGGCUGGGUACUCAGUGCGCUAGACGAGAUCGGAGCUCCACGACAACCUCCUAUCGCGGUUUUACCAUUAGGAACCGGCAAUGACUUGGCCCGUGUGCUUGGUUGGGGCGCAGGCUUCUCAGCGCCGACAGACGUGAGUGAAAUACUCAGCGAAGUGGAGGCAGCUCACGUGAGUCUUCUGGAUCGAUGGCAAGUGAACAUUGGAGACUCUCAGAAGCGUGUUGUUUUAAACAACUACCUGGGUGUCGGUGUGGAUGCUCAAGUGGCGCUGGAGUUCCACGAACAGCGUGAACGUUCACCUGGAUUGUUCAUGAGUCAGUUCGUCAAUAAGCUGUGGUAUAGUCAAUUCGGAGCUAAGAACUUCCUGGUCCGGACGUGUGCAGGUUUACCCGAAAAGAUCGUUCUUGUAUGCGAUGGAAAGCGUAUCAUGCUUCCAGUCGGUACUGAAGGCGUUAUUCUCCUUAACAUUAACAGUUAUGGUGGAGGCUCCAAGCUCUGGCAUGACGACGCUGAAUCUGACAAUGAAGACUCCGACUUAGCAAGUGACACGGACGACGAUGACCGAAGCCGGUCAAGCAGCAUUGAUAGUCUGGAUACCAGCACUCACUUCGGUCCAUCGUCUCCUCAUGACGGAUUGCUGGAUGUCGUGGCAGUGUAUGGCACACUGCACCUUGGACAAAUGCAAGUGGGACUGUCAAAGGCUGUGCGUUUGUGUCAGGCCAAGUCGGUGCGAAUUACGCUGAAGGAGACGCUGCCGGUGCAAAUCGACGGCGAGCCGUGGCUGCAGAAUCCAAGCGAGAUGGAGAUCUCGUUCUUGCAGCAAGCCUUCAUGUUGAGUCGAACUGUGGAGGAGCGAGAUGUGGUGACGAAGAAGGUUGGAGAGGUGUUGGAUUGGGCUGAGCACUCGCAUGUUAUAUCGUCCAGGCAACGCGAUGUGCUGUUAGUUGAGAUUGCAAGACGUGUGGCGGAUAGCGCUGCGUCUAGACGGCCGGCGGGGUCUCGUGCUUUAUUGUCGACAGAUAGUCGUGGCCAGGACAGACACUCGUUCGUCAUGGCGGACAGGUAA